CGUUCAACGCUCAGCGCUAACGCACGCUCCCACUCAACACACAAAUGUCUAACAUGUCUUACGAGAUCGCGUACUCGCUCGCAGACGAUGGCCCGCAGCCCGUCUCGCGCACUUAUCAAUAUCGCAAAGUGAUGAAGCCGAUGCUCGAGCGCAAAAGGCGCGCUCGCAUCAACCGCUGCCUCGAUGAACUCAAGGAGCUGAUGGUCAGCGCCUUGCAAUCGGAAGGCGAGAACGUCGCCAAAUUGGAGAAAGCUGACAUUUUGGAGUUGACAGUUCGCCACCUUCACAAGCUACGCCGCCAGCGUCGCCUGUCACUCAACCCGACAGUGGAUGCGGAUCGCUUCCGUGCUGGAUUCACCCACGCCGCAAACGAAGUGUCUCGCUGCUUGGCCUCCAUCCCUGGUGUGGAUGUGAGGCUGGGCACUCAACUGAUGACCCACCUCGGACACAGACUGAACGACAUGCAGCGCGCCGCCGCCGGUGCUGACACACCCCCAGCGAGCCCACCGAGCCCUGCUCCCUCCAACGCAUCUUCAUCAUCAGGAUACGUGACUCCCUCGCCGCCCGCAUCGCCAGUGCCCAUGACCCCCUUGGACUGCACCACCAACACCAGUUACACCAAGGGCCCCGCAGUGUGGAGGCCCUGGUAAACUCACCUAGCGGGCGCGCGGACCCGGCUCCACGGUCACAUUUGUUCCCAGCACCGCUCGGGGUCGUUCGCUCCCAAAGUGUCCGCCGCUCCAAUUCAGUGAUGCUCAUGUGAAAGUUUCAGACGUCUCAGAUCUCACAAUAUGAUUAGUGUAGGAAAGAAUAGCUCGUAAGUUCAACUUCAAAGCUUUAAUUAAAAGUAGCCUAUAAGACUAUUUGUGAUAUUAAAGAGUUAAAUAUUAUUGUUUAAGAAAAUGUUGUAUCGAGCCUUGCCGAGGUCGUUAAUAUUGUUAUAUUUUUAUCGUUGAAAAGAUUUCACAGUUCGUGAAGAAGAGAGC